CUCUCACUUCACAGGGGAACAGCUUGUUAUAUAAAGGUUUUAAAGGAUGGCAUUCUUUCAAAAAUUUCUCCAGAAAAUUAGUAAUGAUGACAGUAGCAAAGGUUCUAAAGGAGCUACGGAGACAGCAUACUUUGGAACAGUCAAGGCUGAUCCAAACUUUAAUGCUGAAAAUGAUGCUGCAAAAUUAAAGCAAUCCAUUGAGACCAAAGGUGUGGAUGAAGCCACCAUUGUAGAGGUUCUAGCAAAGAGAACCAAUGCACAAAGACAACAGAUCAAAGCAGCUUAUCAGCAGAGCACAGGAAAACCUCUGGUAGAUGCACUGAAAAAAGCUCUGAAGUCAGAUUUUGAAAAGGUGGUCCUUGCUUUGCUGAUGACACCACCUGAGUAUGAUGCUUCUGAAAUGAAAAGAGCCAUGAAGGGUCUUGGGACAAAUGAGGCAGUCUUAAGUGAAAUUCUAGGGACCAGAUCAAACAAGGAGAUUACAGCAUUGAAAAAUACUUUCAAAGAAGUCUACGGAGAGAUGCUGGAGGAAGUUGUUAAAAGGGAAAUUAGUGGACAUCUCGAAGCUACCCUGCUUGCUCUUUGCAAGGCUACCAGGAGUGAAGACUAUAAAAUUGAUGAUGGACUUGCAAAGAGUGAUGCAAAGGCUCUAUUUGAUGCAGGAGAGAAUCGGGUUGGUACUGUUUGCUCUGUCCUGAUUGAUGUCCUUACAUCCAGGAGUGAAUCUCAGCUGUGCAAAAUUUUCCAGUAUUAUGGCCAAUACAGCAAGAAGGGUUUAGCCAAAGUUCUGGAGAGUGAGCUGCAUGGAAACUUUGAAGAAUGUCUGAUGACGCUGGUGAAGUCUGCAUGGAACAAACCUGCCUUGUUUGCAGAAAAGCUCCAACUGGCAAUGAAGGGUUUAGGAACCAACACUGACACACUGACUAGAAUCAUUGUUAGCCGUUCAGAAAUUGACCUGCUUAAAAUCAUUCAAGAAUACAAGAGGAUGUAUGGCAAAACCCUUCAGGAGGACAUUCUGAAGGAAACAAGUGGAGAUUAUGAGAAGAUUCUGCUGACUCUCUGUGGAACUAUCAGCUCUCACAGACUUCACAGAGUAACAAUUCUUUAUAGCUUCCUCAAAGCUCUCAAGAUGGCAUUUUUCCAGAAAUUAUUCGAACAAGUUAAUGAUGACAAGGGCUUUAAACCUGCUCCUGCUUUUGAGACGGGAUACUUUGGAACAGUCCGGGCUGAUCCAAACUUUAAUGUCCAGAAUGAUGUUGCAAAAUUAAAGAAAGCUAUUGAGACCAAAGGUGUGGAUGAAGCAACCAUUGUGGAGGUUCUAGCAAAGAGGAGCAAUGCACAAAGACAACAAUUGAAAGAAGCUUAUCAGCAGAGCACAGGAAAACCUCUGGUAGAUGCACUGAAAAAAGCUCUGAAGUCAGAUUUUGAAGAGGUGGUCCUUGCUUUGCUGAUGACACCGCCUGAGUAUGAUGCUUUUGAAAUGAAAAGAGCCAUGAAGGGUCUUGGGACAAAUGAAGCUGUCUUAAAUGAAAUUAUGGGGACCAGAUCAAACAAGGAGAUCACAGCAUUGAAGAAUGCAUUCAAAGAAGUAUAUGGAGAGAUGCUGGAGGAAAACAUUAAAUGUGAAGUUAAAGGUCAUCUUGAGACUGCCCUAGUUGCCCUUUGCAAGGCUACCAGAAGUGAAGACCGUAACAUUGAUGAUGGAGUGGCUAAGAGUGAUGCAAAGGCUCUCUUUCAGGCAGGAGAGAAUAGAAUUGGGACUGUUUGCUCUGUUCUGAUUGACAUCCUCACAAACAGGAGUGAAGCUCAGUUGUGCAAAAUUUUACAGUAUUAUAGCCAGUUGAGCAAAGACGGUUUGGCCAAAGAUUUGGAGGGUGAGCUGCAUGGAAGCUUUGAAGACUGCCUGAUGACCUUGGUGAAGUCUGCUUGGAACAAACCUGCCUACUUCGCAGAAAAGCUUCAACUGGCUAUGAAGGGAGUGGGAACCACCACUGACACACUAACUAGAAUUAUUGUGAGCCGUUCAGAAAUUGACCUGCUGAAAAUCCUUCAAGAAUACAAGAGGAUAUAUGGCAAAACCCUUCAGGAGGACGUUCUGAAGGAAACAAGUGGAGAUUAUGAAAAGAUCCUGCUGGCGCUCUGUGGCACUCAAUAAAUACAUCUGAUAGCUCAUUACAUGGGUGUAUUCAUGACCCAUAUACAGUAAACACUUAAUCUCUCAGGUGUGGCUCUUCCGGAGUAUUUCAUUAAAACUUUUUUUGCAACUCA